ACGCUUCCAAAGCGGUGCAGUUGCUAUCUAUAGACCAACUCUAUUUUUAUCCCAUACCAACGGGACUCAGUGGAACUUUCAUAAACAGUUAGUGUGCCGGUCACAUAUGGGUAUAAAUCCACACUGCAGUGACACAUUUUCCAUUGGAAGAAAGAAGACCCUGAUUUCAAAUGGAUCAUGGACGUCCCUGAGGGAGUACGACCCCUUCGAGUGGAAAACGCCACCCUUCAUGUCGUGGAAAGGGAGGAACGCAGGGUGAGCGUGAAAGUGGAGGAGAGCUGCUUCACCGUGGAGAGAGCCUUCCUAGCGACGCACAGCAACUACUUCCAUGCCCUUUUCCAGUCCGGGAUGCUUGAAAGUGAACAGGAAGUGGUUCACCUUAAGGGCGGCGUGCAUGCAAGGGGUUUCCUCAUUGCCCUCGCUGUGUGCAAGGGAGAGAUUCCGACUCUCCGUGACCCGGAUGAGCUUGUCGACGCGGUGGAAUGCGCCGCUUUCCUGCAGGUGUCUUGUUUAACUCGGUAUCUUUGCGACAUCGUCGACUCCGAUAACUGUCUCUUGCUUUACCAUGCAGCCUCCAUUUUUGGGGUGCAGAAACUCUUCCACUGCGCCGCUUUGUUUCUUUGUGAUGCCUUCGAGGACCUCAGAGAAUCAGCCGAGGCAACCAUCCCUGAAGACUUGCUGCGGUAUUCCCAGUCAUUUUCCCCCGCGUCUUACAUAGCAAUCGGUACUCAUUCUCCUUCGGCGGAGCUGCUCGGCGACUCCUUCAGGAUCGUGUGCUACCUCGACGAGAGGGAAGGAGAAUGGAAGCGUCUCACGAAUCUACCCACACUUUGCAGCACGUCCAUGGCCGGCGUGGCGGUCCUCGACAACCGCUUGUACAUUGUAGGAGGAGUUUACGGUUACGGAAAGGACACAGUAGACGCUGGAUUCUGCUUUGACCCUGAAUCAGGGAUUUGGACCACAUUUCCCGGACCGCAGAAACCAAGAAAGGACUUUACUCUGCUGGGACAUGAGGGGCGACUCUACGCCAUCGGUGGCGAGUUCCAGAAAACGUGCAUUUCCACCGCGGAGCGUUAUGACCCUCGCAAGCGGCAGUGGACUUUUAUACAAGAAGCACCAAGACCGGUGACAUCGGCCGCGUAUGCCGUCGCGAGGCGCCGGAUGUUCAUUUGCUUCUGGAAGCCGCCCGACACCACGGACAUCUACGAGUACACGCCGCUUAACGAUGAGUGGAAACUCGCCACCACGAUGAUACGACCUCAGAGUUACGGCCACUGCAUGGUAGCCCACAGGGACAUUUUAUACGUGAUGCGCAACGGUCCUUGCGACGACUUCCUGCGCUGUCUCAUGGACUGCUACAAUAUCACCACGGGACAGUGGACCGCCAUGCCGGGACACUACAUCAACAGCAAGGGGGCGCUGUUCACCGCCGUGAUUAGAGGGGACUCUGCGUUCACCGUGAAACACAUGCUAACGCUUGAGUACGCUAUCAGCGAAAAUGGGUGGAAGCCCCGCAGGCAGAUGAAGGGUUUUCCAAAGAGUGGAUCGCUGUGGACAUGUUUACUCAGGCUUCCCAAAACCGGAUCGGUAGUACUUCAAGUGGAUGGACACGGGAAGGAAAAGGAUUUGUAAAUGACUUUCUGUAGGAAUUGUACGGAUUGUGUUUUGUCAAAGAUUCGAUUAGCAUUAGCUACUCUGUGGGAGAACUCAAGAGUCUUUAGCGUUCGACCCCGCGACUCUAUGCCAUCAGUGGCGAGUUCCAGAAAACUUGCAUUUCCACCGCGGAGCGUUAUGACCCUCACAAGCGGCAGUGGACUUUCAUACAAGAAGCACCAAGACCGGUGAUAUCGGUCGCGUACGCCGUCGCGAGGCGCCAGAUGUUCAAUUGCUUCUGGAAGCCGCCCGACACCACUGACAUCUACGAGUACACGCCGCUUAACGAUGAGUGGAAACUCACAACCACAAUGAUACGCCAUCAGCGAACACGGGUGGAAGCCCCGCAGGCAGAUGAAGGGUUUUCCAAAGAGUGGAUCGCUGUGGACGUGUUUACUCAGGAUUCCCAAAAACCGGAUCGGUAGUACUUCAGGUGGAUGCACACGGAAAGGAAAAGGAAAUACCUUUGACGGAUUUGUAGAUGACUUUCUGUAGGAAUUGUACGGAUUGCGUUUUGUCAAAGAUUUGAUUAGCAUUAGCUGCUCUGUGGGAGAACUCAAGAGUCUUUUAGCGUUCGACCCCACGGCUCUCUUUACAUCCCAGGAGUAAUUAAGGUAGGAACAAUGUGUUUUGACUUAUAAAGGAAUUAAACUCGAGUGUCUCUGGGAUUUUAGUUUGACAUCCACGGAAAAGUAAUCACUUACUGUUCUUGGGGGUGGCAGGUUUGGGAGGCUCUUCUGCGGGACCGGUGCAUGUUUGCUAGCUUUUCCAUUGGCCAGGUCAUCGAUUCUGUCAUCUAGGAUGUUGAAAAAGUCGGUUGUUAGCGGAUGCGGAUCUUGGUCUCCAUCGACAGUUGUAAAAUAAACACACAGGAGAAAGGAGUAAACAAUUUAGGGACGUCGCACACCGGAGGGUCGAUACCCCCUGAAAGGUCAGAAAGAUCAGUUUUUGGUUGGUUUUUGGAAGUUUUUGACUUUUGGACUAAUAAAUACCGGAAUACCAGACCUAGUUCUUUAGGAUUAUUAAAAUUAUACAACUACUUCCCUUUCAGAGUUAAGAAAAAGCGGAAUUAAGUUAUUUGCUUAGUCAUUUGCUAACUGCUGCCCAUGUUUCUGUUGAUGACAGCCAUGUUUUUCAACCAAUUUUACAGACAGGCUAACAACCACAUGGUAAUACCGCAGCCUACAUUCAUCAUAAAGUAUCAUUAUGUAACUACAGAACGUACCGACUCUCCCUGAGUCAAGAACUGGUUUGAUGAGUUAUUUAGCAGCCUCAAAUCUCACGGCUCCAAACGUCUCUUUGAAUUAAAACUAUGGAGAAAAAAAGUCUUUUUUUUUUUUGGGUCCAAAAAAAAACAGCUAGCUACAGACACAGAGGAGUUAUGAAGAAACAGACAGGAAAUGGUAGAGGUGGGGGUUUUGAGAUGGGGGGGACGAGGAUUUGGGUUGUCUGUGACUGUAGCUUGGGUCUGCUUUUUAGAGAGCAAUAACUCAUGUCGACUGGAACUGCUUGACCCACUUGGACAACCUUAAAACUGGGAAUAUCGGAGCCUACUUUUCUCUCUUUUGCUUGCUGCAAAUGUCCGUCGUUGAGAUUCUGUUAGGAAUUUUAUAUUAAAUGUUAUGAAAUAUACUGUUUUUGAUUACGAAAAUCUUACUGGCUUACUUCGAGGCUCUAAUAUUCUAUUAAAAACAACAAUUAGCCUUGGAAAAGCUAGCAUGGUAUUCAAUUAGCCAUUUCCUGCUAUCACACUCGGCUAACAGGCUGCUAGCUAGUUACAUGAUGGGAAGUAUUGGACAACUACCAUACCUGUAUUUCUGAAAAUGCACAGGCUAACUAUCAGCUUUUAGCUAGUUCCUGUUAUUGAGUUAGCUAGGCUAACAGGCUGCUAGCUACAUCAAUUAUUAUUUUACCUUAUAAUAAUUUUUAGAAGUACAGAGUGUUACAUGAUGGGAAGUAUUGGACAACUACCAUGCCUGUAUUUCUGAAAAUGCACAGGCUAACUAUGAGCUUUUAGCUAGUUCCUGUUUUUGAGCUAGGCUAACAGGCUGCUAGCUACAUCAAUUAAAUAUUAUUUUACCUUAUAAUAAUUUUUACAAGUACAGAGUGUUACAUGAUGGGAAGUAUUGGACAACUACCAUGCCUGUAUUUCUAUCAGCUUUGAGCUAGUUCCUGUUAUUGAGUUAGCUAGGCUAACAGGCUGCUAGCUACAUCAAUUUAAUAUUAUUUUACCUUCUAAUAAUUUCUACAAGUACAGAGUGUUACAUAAUGGGAAGUAUUGGACAACUACCAUACCUGUAUUUCUGAAAAUGCACAUGCUAACUAUCAGCUUGAGUUAGCUAGGCUAACAGGCUGCUAGCUACAUCAAUUUAAUAUUAUUUUACCUUAUAAUAAUUUUUACAAGUACAGAGUGUUACAUGAUGGGAAAUAUUGGACAAUUACCAUGCCUCUAUUUCUGAAAAUGCACAGGCUAACUGUCAGCUUUUAGCUAGUUCCUGUUUUUGAGCUAGGCUAACAGGCUGCUAGCUACAUAAAUUUAAUAUUAUUUUACCUUAUAAUAAUUUCUACAAGUACAGAGUGUUACAUGAUGGGAAAUAUUGGACAAUUACCAUGCCUGUAUUUCUGAAAAUGCACAGGCUAACUAUCAGCUUUUAGCUAGUUCCUGUUUUUGAGCUAGGCUAACAGACUGCUAGUUUAGCAAUUUUUUGGUAUAAUUUGAUAUAAAAGCAGAACAAAAAAUUCAGAACCUGACUACAAACACUUAUUUGUGAUAAAAAUAUACAAAUUGUUACCUUUUUCCUGCUUUUCCUUCCCUCCUACGACCACUUUAUUCAUGUAGAUGUACUCCUCGUCGGCGCCUGUGUGACAGCAAUAGCAUCAUAGUUUAAAAGCUAGCAUAAACACCCCAGCUUUUUAUAUAAUAUGACACAAAUUGGCUAAGGAGAUAUUUCCAAGUUAGCCUCAUCAUAGGAGAGUAAUAACAGGUUUAAGGAUAUUGUGUUGACAAUUUCGCAUAAACAGUUGUCCCUUUAAAAAAAAUACAAAAGAAAACCGUGGCGCUAAACGAAUAAUAUCCACUGACUGGAAUCGAAACAUCAAAACAAACUUCUUCAACUUUUGAGUGUUAAGCGGAAGAACUUUGAAAUUGAUAUCUAGAGCGGAAAGUAAAAGCAAAAAUAACAUAAAAUAGGAACAGAUGAAAUGCUAUUUAUAAACUUGGCUCAAAAGGAAGUGAGCGUCCCCGGUGGAUGAAUGCGGCUUCGGAAUAAUCAUACAGUUUUAGAGCCAGGAGAGGAAGCGUGGAGGAACAAGUCCAAGACCUGAACAUGGAAAUGGAAGACGAUUCCAGUGUGUGUGUGUCACAGAAAGAGAGGGACUCGUUUUUCGAGUUUUUUAAGCCACAAUUUGUUAAAAAUGGGAACUUCAUAUUUUUUUUUACUUUGUUGCACCCCCUAUGGGUCUAGCUCAAAAUGGUCUGGUGGACAUGUAAUACAGACAGUUAUAAUCAUUAG